AUGCUGUUGGAAAAGCAAAAGAACUUGCAGAGAAUAUUGACGUUCCACCGGCUUUCCCUGAACAUCGUACGCGACGCUGAACACGACUUCCGGGUGAAAGUGUGGAAUCCUCCGGUACUGACGGCUGUACCUACAUCUUACACCGCGUUUUCUCGAGAUGACAUCAACCUGACCUGUGAGGCUACUGGCAGCCCCACACCCACUUUCAGAUGGGUGAAGGACAACAGGAAGUUCGGCGUGGAGCGUGUAGCCUACGGGACGCUGCGUGCGGAGGGGACGGAGUCGUUCAGCUCUUAUCAGGGUCGCUACCGUUGCUACGCGUCCAACAGAUUAGGGACCGCCGUGACGCAAACCGUACAGCUCAUCACCGAGCAUCAACCGGUCCUACCAAAACAACAGAAAAUAAGAAAGAAAGCAAAUGAAGGAGAGAGCAUCAUUCUGCCCUGUAACCCUCCCAAGAGCUCAACUCCCCCACUCAUUUACUGGAUGGACAAGAAUAUGUUCCACAUGCAGAGGGACGAGCGAGUGGUGCUGGGUUUGGAUGGGAACCUGUACUUUGCUAAUGUUGUCAAAAGUGACAGCAGAGAGGACUACGUCUGCUAUGCCAAGUACUCAGAGGCCAGCACCAUAUUGCCCAAGGCACCUAUCUCCCUCACCGUCACAUCCAGCAAUGAUGUUGUGCGCUUUAAAAAACCCCACUUGCUCCAUCCGCCUGGGUCCCAUACCUCUUUGGUGGCUCUGAGGGGUCAAAGCCUGACACUCGAGUGUAUCCCCAAAGGCCUGCCUACACCGGAGGUGGAGUGGACGAAGAGGGAUGGCAACCUACAGGAGACGGGUGGGGAGUUAUCUAACUACAACCGCUGGCUUUUCUUUGAGAACGUUACCCAGGAGGAUGAUGGAGAGUAUGAGUGCCGAGCCAGCAACAUCCAGGGAUCGGCCGAGCACUCCUUUACGGUCACCGUGGAAGCUGCACCCACCUGGGUGAAAGAGCCUCAGAACCUGCUGUACGCCCCAGGGGAGACGGUGCGUUUGGACUGCCAGGCAGAGGGCAUCCCAACUCCCACCAUCAGCUGGAGCAUCAAUGGCCAGCCCCUCGCAGAGGUGGAUGAAGAGACUCGCCGGAGUGUGUCUGGUGGCACGUUAAUACUGGUGGAUGUUAAAUUCUCAGACACAGCUGUGUACCAGUGUGAGGCCACGAACAGACAUGGCAGCAUCCUCAUCAACACCUACAUCUAUGCCAUUAAGCUCCCUCCUCAGAUACUGUCCUCCGAUGGAGUUGUGUAUCGAGUCACUGAGGGUGGAGAUGUUAUGUUGCACUGCGCUACCUUUGGCUCUCCGCGACCACAAGUCACAUGGGAAGGGGAGGAGCGUAUGCCUUUAUUGUCUGACCCUCGCAUGUCCCUGCUGACCAAUGGGACAUUGGAGCUGUCCAACGCCAGUCGAGACGACAGUGGAGAGUACAACUGCUUCAUCAAACACACCAACAUCUCCAUCACCGCUCACCUGAAAGUCCUCAACCACACGGUGAUGCUGGUUGGCCCCCAGCAUGUGCGUGUGCUCCGAGGAGCGAGUGCUAUGUUGGACUGCCACUUCUACAAAGACCCCCAGCUUGUUCAGCAUCACAUCGUCUGGACCAAUGAUGGCCACGAGCUCAUGGAAUCAUCGCCGGAUGACAAGUAUGCAAUCUUUGAGAACGGAACCCUCAGAGUGACAGAUGUCCAGUCAGGUGACAGCGGGCAGUACUCCUGUAAGGUCACCACUGACCUGGACCAUGUAGAGGCUACCGGCUCCAUCACUGUAGUAGCACGUCCGGACCAGCCCAAGCUUCUGACUCUGUCUGAUGUGGAGGACCGGAGUCUGACCCUCAGCUGGAACCCAGGAUACUCUCACAACAGCCCUGUCACAGAGUUCAUUGUGCAGGGCAGAGAGGAGCAGCACUUGGAUGAAGGGAAGGGGAGUUGGGAGGAAUGGAAUAAGGUCUCUGGAGAUAUCAACCACUUAGAGUUGACACUCCAGCCCUAUACCAAGUAUCACUUCCGGGUCAUUGCGGUGAACCAAAUAGGCCAAAGUGACCCCAGCCUGCCCUCUGAGACCCACAGCACCCCACCUGCUGUUCCUGACAGUAACCCUACUAAUGUGCGUAGUGAGUCCGAGCUCCCAGACACUCUUAUCAUCGUGUGGGAUGAGAUGAACAAGCGCUUGCACAAUGGCAGAGACUUCCAGUACAAGGUGUCAUGGCGGGAGGCAGAGGGGCGAGGGUCACAGUGGAGUCACGCCUAUACCAAAACUCCACCCUUCCAAGUAACCGGGACAGGAACUUACACACCGUUUGAGAUCAAGAUCCAGGCUGUCAAUUCCUUGGGAGAGGGUCCCCCGCCAGCCCCAGUGAUAGGAUACUCAGGAGAAGAUUUGCCUCUGGAGCCUCCGGGUGGGUUGGCAGUGUUUGCGAUGAACAGCACAGUCACCGUGAGGUGGGAAACACCCCAGCGUGUCCGAGGAGCGCUACUGGGAUACAAGAUCUACAUUAAAAGGCUGGGCUUUGUGGGAGGACGGGGACGAAGGGCACCCCAAAAGAUGCAUUACGAGGAAGACAGAGGGAAAGAGGGAGCGGAACGAGGGAUGGACAGUGAAGAGGACCGCCGAGAGGUGGAGGUGUAUGGAACGAAAACCUCAGAAGAAGUCAUAGGGCUGCGCCCCUAUUCGCGUUAUAAGCUGACAAUGACUACUGUAAACAGUAAAGGGGAGGGUCCUCAUUCCCUUCCGUACCACUUCAGCACCCCAGAGGGAGUUCCUGGCCCACCUGCAUCUCUUAGGUUUGAGAGCCCAUCAGAAACUGAGCUGACUCUCCACUGGACUCCUCCAGUCCAAACCAAUGGAAUACUGCUAGGCUACGAAGUACACUACCAAAAAGAGGUUGUAAGCAGAGACAGCCCUGUCCAGAUGGAGAACAUAGAUGACCCGAGUGUGACUCACUUUAUUUUGGACAAUCUGGACCCUAAAAGUCGUUACAUCUUCAAAGUAAUGGGCCGCACCAGUGCCGGGGAGGGACCUCCAAUCAUGCUCAAGGGCGCUACUCUGCUGGAUGGAGUCCCUCCGACGAACAUCACCCUGUCUGCUGGGGAAACGUUAGUCAACUUGAGCUGGGUGCCCAGUGAACGUUACAGAAACCAUGGCUUCUGCUUCCGCUACCUGAAGAAGAGCGAUGGGGGUCAGUGGAAGGAGUCAGAUAUGGUGAACUCUACUCAGGGCUUCUUUUCGCUGACAGAGCUCCAACCAGGGACUGAAUACCGCCUGGCCAUCAUGCUUGGAAAUGAGAGCCACUGGGAAGAUGUGAUCGUUACCAAAGGACCAGUGCUGUCAGAGGUGGCAGGUGGGUUUGCCACGCAGGGUUGGUUUAUAGGACUCAUCAGCGCCAUCGUGUUGUUGAUGCUGGUACUGCUCAUCCUCUGCUUCAUCAAACGAAGCAAGGGAGGCAAAUAUGCAGUGAAAGACAAGGAAGAUGGACAUGUGGAUUCUGAAGCUCGACCGAUGAAGGAUGAAACAUUUGGAGAUUACAGAUCCCUGGAGAGCGACGGGGAUGAGAAGCGCUCGGUGAGCCAGCCGUCGCUAUGCGUGGAGAGCAAGCUGGGCAGUGAUGACUCCCUGGCCGAGUACGGAGACAGCGUGGACAUCCAGUUUAACGAGGACGGCUCGUUCAUUGGCCAGUACAGCGGUCGGGGCCCCGUUCCCCACGGCAACGAGAGUUCUGGCCCCGCCUCCCCCAUGGGCGGGGCAGCGAGACAAUGGAGAUGGGCACAUCUGUUCCAGACAACCCAGUGAGCUCAAGAGUCACCGCCGUUGAUGUCGCUGACCACAGAAGUUCUGCAUUUCAUUCAGCCCAAUACACGUCUGGGCACAUCUGUAUUGGGCUAGUGAAAGAAUGCAGAUCCACAUGCGAUGGGCAGAACCACAGCAGCGUCCGCCGUGGCGAUGGGUAGAACCGCAGCAGCGUCUGCCGUGGCGAUGGGCAGAACCGCAGCAGCGUCUGCCGUAGCGAUGGGUAGAACCGCAGCAGCGUCUGCCGUGGCGAUGGGCAGAACCACAGCAGCGUCUGCCUCGGCGUCACCUGGCCAGACAAACAUCAUCCUUCUACCUGUCUAACAUUCUCCAUGUUCGCCACAACUUGUUGCCUUGUUGUCCUGCCUGCUCUCCACACUGCCCAGCCUCCCCGCUCUUACUGCUGAUGCUGUCAGCCAGCCCACGUGUCUGUCUGUCUGCCUGUACGUCUGCCUGUCUGUCACUGUCGCAGCCUUCUUUUAUAACUAUUAAUACGCUGAGGGGAAAACAACAACAUAAAGCUAGGGAAAAAGGGAAUUUUUUAGGUAUAAAUAAUGCUCAUAAUGCAAAUUGUAACAACAGCGCUAUUAUCACUUGUGACUAUGUGAUCAGCAUUGUCAUUAGUAGUGAUGACAUGAUCAGUAUCAUGAGGAACUGUCAAUAUCUGAAACAACCACCUCUCCGAUAGUCCCACAGUCUAGCAGGGACAUGUGAGACUACAGUCAGGGUGGGAGGGGGAGUGGGAUGUGUGUGUAGGCAAAGGGUUCAGGAGUUGUUUAGGGUGAGGGGUGGGGU